UCAGUAAAAAGAAAGGGAGCAGGAAACAGCCCAGGAGCUCGGAGCUGAGGUGCUCUUCCUGAUGGUGGCAGCAAGGAAAACUCCCAGCAGAUCGCUUUGGGAAGGACAAAAUGAAGCAAUACGUGUGCAGAACACAGAAGGAGCCUGAAAAUACUGAUAAACUGUCUGAAAAACAGCAUGAAAACGUUUAAACUCUAGCAAAGAGAAGGCUUAGCUUAUUGUUGGAUUCAAAGCACAGACACUUGUGAAAACACAACUGCUACAAAGCUUUCUGUGUGGAAAAUACAGAUUGUGGUUGGCGUUAUGAACUCCCAGCUGUUCCACAGCUCAGCCUGUGAACCCACAGACCAACACGUCAGAGCUGAAGAGCCAAGAGAGUAAGUUUUUUUUUAGUAGAUGUGUCCUGAGUGCUGACAGAGGCCAAGUAUAUCUGGUGCACACAGGGAAAGGUGAACUGGAAGCUACAAACUGCAAAGGGCUCCCCCAGCACUGGUGUCCAUAUUGCUAAAAGAACUUUUUAGAAAUAAUGGGAUAAUUGAGAGCGUGAUAGUGGUUUUCGUUUAUUUAGUUUUGGGGGGGAAAGAGAUCAAUGUCACCAUUUGUAUAGGCUGAUAAAAGUAUCACUUUUCCUUACUCUUCGCUUUGUACGUGUUUGCCUUUAGCGCUCACGGUUUGAGUUAAAAAAGACCUGAGUUCUGAAGACGUGACCACAUUACACGCCACUCUCCCGACAAUUGCAAAGGCGACAGAGAGGGGACGUCAACCCUCAGGCAAGGCGGGGUGUGGCGGCGGCUCCUCCCGUAUUGCCCCUCCCACCCCAUCCCGAGCCAAUCGCGCAAGUGCGGUCACGCCCGGGUUCAGCACGAGCAGGACGGACGGACGUCUCUCUGCGCACGCGCAACGCUGGGCGGGGCAACGCCUCCCCGCAUUCUCCCAGUGCAGUGACGUCACGGCGUCACCUGCCCAAUCUCGAUACGGAUCCCGGAAGUGUCCGUCUGGACAAUGCAACCGAUGAAGAAAGGUUCCGGAGUAGGUUUAGUUCCGACAGGCUCCUCCUCGUGAGCCGCCGCGACCGCCGGCUGGACUGCCACAAUGAUCCCGAUCCCUGUGGUGGUGUGCGUGCUGGGGGGCUGGUGCGCCAUCUACCUGGCGGAUACUCUGCUCAAGUCAUCCAGCUCUUUGAAGGCAUCUUAUGAAGACUGGUUGGUGAAUUAUGGCUUGAGUGUCUCUCCUUUUCACAUGCGAUGGCAAACAGCACUCUUCAAUCGGCAGUUCUACAACUGGGGGAGAUGGAAACCCAGAUUUCUGUAUUUAUGGUUCAGCAUGGGAAUGGUGUUUGGUAUAACUGCUAUGUUUGGCUCUGUGAUUCUUCUUGGAAAGACACUAAUGCAAACACUGACACAGAUGCUGACUGAGGCACCAACAGCCCAGAAUGAUCGUAUGCUGCAAGUUGUGGUGCCUGGUGUAAAUUUGCCUGUCAGCCAGCUGACCUAUUUCUUCUCUGCAAUCCUCAUCAGUGGUGUGAUACAUGAAGUCGGCCAUGGGGUGGCAGCUAUUCGAGAACAAGUACGAUUUAAUGGAUUUGGGAUUUUUAUCUUCAUUGUCUAUCCUGGCGCGUUUGUUGACCUCUUCACAACCCACUUGCAACUAAUAUCACCAGUCCAGCAGUUAAGAAUAUUUUGUGCAGGAGUGUGGCAUAAUUUUGUUCUUGGUGUUGUGAGUUUCAUGGUUUUAUUUCUGCUGCCAGCCUUUCUUUUUCCUUUCUAUUACACGGGUGUUGGGGCACUUGUCACUGAAGUAACAGAGGAUUCUCCUGCCAAUGGACCAAGAGGUCUUUUUGUGGGAGAUAUUGUCACUAGUCUACAAGACUGCCCAAUUUAUGGUGUAGAAGACUGGAAUUCCUGUCUGGGAGACUUUUCUCAGAAAUCACAGAUUGGCUACUGUAUAAAUGCAGCCACUCUACAACAACUAAGCUUUCCAGCUAGAGUCUAUAGAAGACUUGAUGGCACAGUUGAAUGUUGUAGUAACAGUAGCCUCACAGACAUUUGCUUUUCGUACAACAAUAACUUGGACAGCCAUCGGUACGCCUGUCUGCCAGCACGAAAAGUUAUCGAGGCCAGCAGAGUUUGUCGAACCAAUGCAGACUGUCAGAAGGACUUUGUUUCAAGCUUUUGUGUGACUCCUUCUUUAGAGAAUCAAACAAGACUAAUCAGGGUAAAACAUCCACCCCAUAUGGACAUGCUGUUUGUAGGACACCCCAUGCACCUUCAGUACACAGUAAGUCUCAGCAGUUUUGUACCACGACAUAACUUUCUAAGCAUCGAUCUGCCAGUGGUGAUAGAGACAUUUUGCAAAUAUAUAAUUUCACUGUCAGGAGCACUGGCAGUUAUCAAUGCUGUACCCUGCUUCGCUUUGGAUGGUCAGUGGAUAUUAAAUUCUUUCCUGGAAGCCACUCUGAGCUCCUUGAUUCUAGAAAAACAAAACAGAGAGCUUGUUGGCUUUUUAAUUUUGCUUGCUGGGAGUACGCUUUUGGCUGCCAAUGUUGCACUGGGACUUUGGAUGGUUACAGCACGAUAGGACACAGGAUAUUCAUCAAUUCUUGUAUUACAUGGACAUAAUGUAUCCAAAGCCUUUUAAAACUUGUUCGGUACUCAGACUGAAAUAAUUCCCUUAAAAUGACACUGAAAGAAUAAUCACUAGAGGCUCCUGAUGUAACUUAAAUCUGUGCAGUGUUGUGUCUGUGGUCUUGGGAAGAAUAAGAGAAAGAAGGAACAAGUUUUAAUGUACUACUUAAGCCCUGUAUUAAUUUUAGAGAAGUUCCACUGUAAAGUUUCACUGGAAAGAACCUGAUUUAUUAUCUUAAAUCUCAGAAUAAGGGAAUUAUUUGGCCUCAGACAUUUGUAAAGUGGAAAGAGAAAACACUUAAAUCUUAUUUUAUAAUUUGAAUAAUGUAAAAAAAAAAAAGUGUGGGCUCUGAUCAUUUCUCAGUCAGUGUUAUCUUGAGUGCCUGCUUUGCUUUUUAAUCUGGUGUUCUACCAAAUGGGACUCUUAGACACCCUGAAGUCUUCAUCUCAAAAUGGUGUAAAACUAAGUAAAUGGUUACCAUGUAUUAAUGAGAGAGAGGCCAUAUGGGUUUGUAUCUUUCCUUUACAGCUGGCCAAAAUGACUGGAAGCAUAUUGUCCUCAGGAUGUAGAUGGGAAGUGCCAGUGUCUGUUGAGAAUGAGGUAUGUGGGAGGAUAACAAAGCCCACAUGUCUGUGUUACUUAUGCAUUUGGUUGCAUAUUACUCUGCACAGCUGAAGAUUUUGUAAAGGCAAUAUUUGUCAAUAAUAGCUAGACAAUAACUGAAAUUUAGUUUUUCAGUACUAUAGAAUGCUGUGCAAAAUUAUUGCUAAGUGAUAAUAUUUGUGUCCUUUUACUCAGAAAAUAAUACUGCAUACAGUUAAAAGUGAAAUCUGUUGUUUUUAUAGUGUCCGUCUUCUGAUGCUGUGCAUGCUGUACACCUGGUAACUCACUGACAUUUCCCUGUCUUUCAACGGGUUGCUUUUCUGUGCUGUAAUUGAAGUGUUGUUGAAGCUGCUUUGGGAUCAGGAUUGUUUAGAGGAAGAACAUGAUUCUGAACCUAAGUAUUCUAACACUGGGUUUUGCUUUCUGAAGUUAAUAUGGACCAUAUAUUUGUUUUUAAAUGAGCAAUGGAAGAGCAAACUGUUUUGCUGAUUCAAGUAUGUCUGACAUAUUCUGAAGCCCUUUAAGUCUGUAAUGUUUGAUACCUCAGUAGAAUCGUACACUGACCAUUGUGUCCUCCUAUUUUGUAUAAAUCAGAUUUAUUGAGACGCUUGUCUCAAUACAGGCUGAUAUUUCAAAUAAUGUUGCUCUUCUUUGGAGGCCUACAUAUUUGAAAUAUGGAAGUUCUGGAAAAUUAUCUGCAGCUUCUAUCUCAUAUAGUGCUCCCAAUAGGAGCUUCUGCAGCUCGGAGAUCCUUUAAUGAGAUGACCUUUCCAUUCAUGAACUUAAGUGGAAGAUAAGCUAAUGGGUAAUGGCCUGCAGGGAGUUGUGAAGCAUUCAUCAUCAGCUAACACAGAUUAUCUUGGUGCUAGAGCUAUAAGGGUAAUAACAGCAGGGUUGAGCCCUAUUCCUGGUGCUGCUGCAUGGAUACAUAACUCUGAUAUUAACAUUUGCUUACUGAUGUGUUACAGUAUUUUUGCAAAGUAGCCUUUGCAUAAGCUGGGCCUCCUGCGUUCACCUCUGUGGGAUGGCAGGCCCAUGCCUCUGAUUUUCAGUUGUUUCAGCCUAGGCAUCUGAAUAAAUCCUUCAGCCAAUUCAGCAUGAGUUGGUCCUCCUGGGGACUUCAGAAGUCAUCAAGUGCAGGAAAGGAAAACAGAACUAUUACAAACUGCCAACUGGUUUCUUAGGAGCCACCAGGAAAAGCCUAGUUCAUUGUCACUUUCAGUAACUUGCAGAAGAUUCAAAGUAGCAGUUUCUGAUGUGCCUUUCUUCCAUCUCUCCAUGAGCAGCAGUGAUAUGAGCAGCCAGGUUCUUACAGAGGCUGGAGAUUAAGUGAUGCUCUAGAAGGCUGUUCAUUCACCUAAGUAGCUGCUUACUAAUCUGAGCUCUUCUUUUCAAGCACCAUGCCAGUUUCCACUGUCUCUGUUUCUUGUCCAAUCGAUAGUGCACAAAAUGAAUUUGCACUCUAGUGCAAUUUAAUAAGACCAAAUAUUAGCUUUUCAAAAAAGAUACUGUUUAUCAGUUUAUCAGAACUGUAGUGCUAUCUUAAUUUCUACGGGAAUAACAAAUGCAUCUGUAGUGAUUUCAAAAAUAUCCAGUGAAAAACAUUUCAAGUUUGAUAAUUUAUAUAUUCACGCUGACUCCAGCUGCUUGGGGUGAUCCGUUUUGCAUAGUAACUCCUCCUGGAGAUCAAAGAGAAGUUGUUUUUAAAAAUACAUACAUUGCAUCUACUAUAUGGAUGCCAGCAGAUUGUUCCUGUUUAUCUUAUGUGCUACAAAACAUGAUUUAACAAACAAAAAAUUCUAUUGAUUUCACUUUAUGUGAUCUCUGAAAAUCAAACUUAAACUAAGUAGAAUUUCAAUCUAUGUUUUACCUCAUAAUCAAAAUGAGGGUAGAGAAGACUUGUUGAUCAUGGCUUUACCAAAAGAGACAAGCUAGUACACUGUUAAGGCCAUUUCUGUGGUAGAGGUAAGUGAUGUAAGGGUUUUAAAAUAAUUUAUGGGUCCAUUUCUCUGUUCUACUGCAUAGGGUUUGAUUUAGGGAGGUGUAGGCACUUUGAAUCAAGAGUUUAAGCAAACUGAGAUCACUUUGAUGACCCAGCACAUACCUUAGAUUAACUGUGGAAAAAGGUAAUAGCUAAGGUGGACCAUUCUCUGAAGAAAAAGUUGUUUAGUGGAUCCAUUUUAUUAUCCUAUAAUCCUAAUGUAUGGAUCGCAUUCUCUAAAGCAAGUGCCAUUUUUUAUUUACAUACAGUUAUUGGGAUGGUUGGUUUUGUUUUAUUUUGUUGUUACUGUUUUGUUUGUUUAGCAAGGGAGAACACAGAAGGGCACAUCGUGUCUUACAUGAUGCCUUUUUAUUCUGGGUUAUUUGCAAUGUUUCUUCUAUUUAUAUUUUUGUAAAGACUAAAAGGCAAUUUUUCUUUAAAAUGAAAUUUUUUUCACUUCUCAUAAUUAGCCUCCCAGAAUAGAGCUUAUUCUUUAAUAAAGGAUAUAUCAAUAUCGUUAUAGGGGUUAUUUUCUCAAGUGUAAAACAGAACACUGUUAAUGAUUGGAUGAAUAGUGCUAUUUAUAUAUGUACAAUUUUUUUAAAAUCUGUAUCAGAUGGAAAAAGUAAUGUCAACAUUGGGAAGUGUUGUACAUAGUUUUUACUUGAAAAUUGUCAGAAUUCUAUAAUUGUAAUCAAUUAUUGUUCUGAUUUCUUUUUUUUUAAGGAGACUUUUUUUUUUUAAUAUCAGCAAGGACUUCCAUAGCAUGGUCUCAUAAUGCAUGGUGUGACAAUGAUAACGGGUAACUUCUUAGAACAUAGGAUGUUACAUGCUCAUUGUUAGCUUUGUAAUUAAAACCAGCUUGCUUCCUUGUAAGUUAAAUCAAAAAAACUUUGCUAGGGAAAUUGCAGACAAACCUGCAGAUUAUUCAGUCCAAAGUUAUGAGCUGGAGUGGAAACUGUGUUAACUCACUCUUUUAUUACAAUGAAACAACCAACUGUAUCGACAACUACAUUUCUUAGUGGUCAUUCUGAUUUUUUGUCUGUGAGUAUAUACAGAAAUACAUAUAGUAGAUACAUAUAGAGCCACAGUCUGUAUGGCUGCUUUUCUAGAGAUAACAGAGCUAUCUUCCGUAUUCUGUAAUGCAGGUAUUUUUCUUUCUCUCUAUGAAUUCCCUGAUUUUUUCUGGAUUUUAAAACUGGAGCUGUGCUCUCCUCCUGUAACUGAUCUGUAGGGAUUUCUUACUGAAAGACAUGUGAUGGACAUAAUGUCACCACAGCUGCUUAAGUUUGAUUUUGCUGAUGUUCAAAACACAUUUCCUGCUUUCUGAGAAGCCUCAGCUAUAGGCACAGUAAACAGAGGUUUCCAGGGUGGUUAAAAGAGGUCAACUUUAGAAUCUAUCACUAUCUCACUACUACUGUUCGUGCUAUUCGGAACGAUAACUGGUGUGAAUGAGGCUGUGCAGAAUAUACAGAAGAAAUGUUAGAAGGGCAGACCUUCCCAUGGCAUCAGACCGUCCCAGGUUUCUUGAUUACCUUGCUAAAGGAUGGAUUUUUGUUCAGUUCAGUUCAGUCCCAGUUGGCCGUUUCCUGCAUGUUUUACAAAAUGAUGCCAUAUAGCAAGUAGUUUUUUCUAGAUGGUGUUUUGUUCUUCUUUUUUUUUUUUUUUAAUGAUUUCUCUUUUAUCUGAAAGAUGUGAAUUUGUAUCUGGAUAUCGUUUGUGACAGAUGAAGAAGAGCUAUAAAGGUUUAUAUAGCCUAAGCUGCAUUUGUUUUAAAAAGUUGUGAUUCUAACUCUAGAAAUGCAUUUUUAUUUGGAAAAUAAGCAUUCCAUACAGUUGCAUUCACAUUAAUUCCCACAGGUAGUUCUGUCUCACUUUGUGAGUAAGGAAGCUAAAUCUAACUCAGGUAAGAUUUGUUAUUUUAUACCCUUUUAUCCUGAAAUGUGUGUAACAGUACAUCCAGAUUUGUUACCUACUGUGGCUGAGUUACCUGUGGUACAUAUGCUGUAUUAGUGAAGCAUCUGGAAAGCGUUGUAGGGUCUGCCACCCAGUGUGAAAGGAUAGGAACAAAAAGCAAGAUAAAACACUGCAGUUCUGUUCAUUGCAUUUGCAUUGGCAUGAAAUGUGAAAAACAAACAAACAAACAAACAAACAAAAACACCUUGUAAUUAACAUUUCAGAGCAUGCAGAUACAUCUACUAGCCCUUUGUUAAAUCAUUCAAUGAGCGGUGCUCCAACUUCCUUCUUUUUUUUAUACUUUGUUGGUCCAUUGAUAAGUGUGCACUGAAUGAGUGGAUGGGGUAUUUGCAGCUUACUCAGUAAAAAUGGUCUUGGAUAUUUCUCACCUAUAGAUGUUCAUCUAGGGUUUGUUUUGCAGCAUCAUGCUGCAAUUAACCUUCACCGACCACUAGUUCCAAAGUUCAAAGGCUAUUUCCAAGUCAUCACAAGAGAAAUGUAGUUUCUUCCUUUUCAAGUUGUGUGUUAAUGUUUUUAAUUCCUCUUUUCCAUACAAAACUUUGGUUUUAGAUUUCAUAUGCUCUUAUCUGAAGUCUGUCAAUGGAAUAGGUAUUGUUUUGAAACCCACAAUGUUUUUUCCUCUGCAUAGCCUUAUUUCUCAUGCUGACUCACAGCUGUGGAAUGUUAGAUUUCUAGACUCUUUGUUCCCACUAUGCAUUGUUCAUGAUCACUUUUAAAAAGAAAAAAAAAAAAGCUUCAUUCUGAAAAUGUCAGUUAACAAAUAGUAUGUACAACUUUGAAUAAUGUAUUGUGUUUUUUGUUGUGUUUUUUUCUCUGUUUAAUCAACCAAACAAUAAGUAUUGUUUUCUGUGUGUGAUAAAUGUAUCCUGCAAAGAAAUUCAUUGUUUGACUGUGAAUGUGCUUAAAUCUGUUUUUUAAAAAUAAGGUAAAAUGACAUAAUUCUUUAUUUAUGGCAGUUAUUAUGUUCUCUCUCCUACAUUCUCAUGCUCCUCUCAUACGUAAUCUAUAUUCCCUAUCUGGGUACCAGAAAGCUUCCCACUACUCUUCUUAGUACUUGACCACAUUUUAAAAUUAAUAAUACUGCCAAUUUGCUUUUUCUUACUUACAAGUUUAUCACAGUCAUAGUUAGGUUUAUAAUAGAAGUGCAUCCAGAGGGACAUCUGCACACUGUUCCUGAGCAGAACUAACUUUACUGUAACGUGCCCAAGGUACACAAUGCCCACCUUCUAGGAGCACAACCCUCAGUCUUGGCUACCUCCUAUGUAAUUCUUCUCUUCUUGCAUUGCGGACUUCUACUGGCUUGUUUUACAGUGAAAUAUUUGACAUGGGAUGCCAUCGUUGAGGUAAGUGGAACCCCUUCUCUGGGUGUUAAAGCCAGUCUUAUGCAAGGAAUUUAAAUCUCAGCUCUUUGAAUGACAUUAGGAUGAUGCUGUGUGUCACAACCUUUGAUUUGUAUGUACAAACCAGUGCAGAACAGGGCAUAUAUCCAUAUAUAGCCAGUUCUCACCAAGUUCCCCUAGGUAUCCGGAUGUAGUCUGGGGCUGUGCUAGCAUGGCGUCUCCGGAGUGUUCAGCCUUAUUUGGAGAUGAAGCUUUAUCAUUCUUUGUCUUGAGCAAACUCAUCUAGAGAUAGAUAGCCAGGUUAUUUGUACUGACAAGUAAAUUGUCCUUUGUUGCUUAUUGGACAAGCUGUUACUUUAUGCAAGCAAAGCUGUUUCAGCAAGCACAGCUUUGUUCCCAGAUAACAGAUUACUCUGAGAAAUAGGCACAAAGCACGAAUCACAGACCCAUUGGGAGGAUUUCCCAGACAGGUUUGUGUGCAAUUUUCUCAAUUCUUGCAUGAGGAGAUGUUUUUUUGUUUUUUUUUUCUUACUGAUGUUUAAGUUUGGGGUCAACAGUUCAUUAUUUUUCUUCAGCAUUCAAGCAUCUAUGGUCCUGUAAUUUUUCAGUUGAUUUUGAAAAUGUUAUCUGAUUAUGUUAUUAUGUGUGUUCUGUAGUCUUAAUGAAGUCAGUGAUUUAUUCAUGGCAUCACAAGGAAUGAUGCCUUAAUCACUAAUAUAAUUUGAGGAUAACAUUUAGAAAGGGGUGCUCUAUCAAUGUGUCUCAUUUCUAGCUUAAUAUAGUUCUUUUUAGCAAGCAGAAGCAUUCCUAAACAUGCUAAAUGUGGGGGGUUGAAACUGGAUGGUCUUUAAGAUCCCUUCCAUCCUAUGACACCAAGUUGGCUGGAAGUGUGGA